AUGAGAGAGCUAGAAAGCAACAUUGUUGGGGCUAAGCUGCUGCUGCUGAUAUUUGCUUUUGCUAUCAUUUUUCCAACCCUUGAGGCUGAUAUUGCAGAUUUUGAUGAAGUAUGGCAGCAAAGAGCUCAAGAAGCCAAGAAGGCUGCCUUGGAGGCCUACCAACCCCAUCCUGAAGAGGUCACUGAGAAUUUCAAUGAGCAUGUUAACGGAGACUUAGAUGAUGCAAAUAACACAAGGAGACAUUUGAGGAAAUACAAUGGUCCAUGUUUAGCUACAAAUCCAAUUGAUAGAUGCUGGAGAUGUGACAAAAACUGGGCUAAAAACCGUAAGAAGCUAGCUGAUUGUGCGCUCGGGUUCGGCCGAGGAACAACAGGAGGCAAAAAUGGAAGAUUUUACGUCGUUCAAGAUUCGAGCGAUAACGACAUGCUUCAUCCUAAACCCGGAACUCUCCGCUAUGCCGUGAUCCAAGACAGACCACUUUGGAUUACAUUUGCACAUGACAUGGUGAUCAGGCUAGCUGAAGAGCUUAUAAUGACUGAUAACAAGACAUUAGAUGGACGUGGUGCCAAUGUCCAUAUAGCUAAUGGUGGUCAAAUUACUUUGCAAUUUGUGAAGAACAUAAUCAUCCAUAAUUUGCAUAUUCAUGACAUCAAAGCUGGCAAUGGAGGCCUUAUUCGAGACUCGGUGAACCAUUACGGGAUUCGAACGCGGAGCGAUGGAGACGGGAUCUCCAUUUUUGGAGCUUCGAAUGUUUGGAUAGAUCAUGUUUCGAUGUCUAAUUGUCAAGACGGACUGAUCGAUGCAGUCAUGGCGUCGACUGCCAUUACCAUUUCCAACUGCCAUUUCGCUCACCAUAACGAUGUGAUAUUAUUAGGGGCAAGUGAUAGCCACUCGGAUGACCAGAUUAUGCAGGUAACGCUUGCAUUUAAUCACUUUGGUAAAGGGUUGGUGCAGAGGAUGCCUAGAUGCCGAUGGGGGUUCGUCCAUGUGGUCAAUAAUGACUACACUCAUUGGCUUAUGUAUGCCAUCGGUGGCAGCCGCAACCCCACCAUUAUCAGCCAGGGGAACCGUUUCAUUGCCCCACCAGACCCAAAUUGCAAAGAGGUGACGAAAAGGGUAUAUGCACCAGAAAGCGAUUGGAAAACAUGGAAUUGGAGAUCAGAAGGAGAUCUGCUGAUGAAUGGAGCUUUCUUCGUGGAAUCUGGGAACCCCAUAAGAAAAUACUCAAAGAAAGAUGUGAUCCAUGCAAAACCAGGAACAUUUGUCACAAGGCUUACACGGUUCGCAGGGCCUCUAAAAUGCACAAGGAACCAACCCUGUUAACUCAAGUUUUUUGGGAGAGUUUUGAUAUCUAAAGUUCAACCCAACCCUGUAAUGUAACAGAGGUUUAAGCACUAAAUAUGUAG